AUGCCAAUACCAGCACCAUCUCGGGUGACAGCGGCAGAUGAUGCAUUCUUUCUGGCCCCAACAUGGCCGACCAAUGGAAUGCCUUCGUUUUAUCAUGACUCGCUGACAGGGAAUGUUGGCCAUACCUUUGAUCGCGACUUUCUCUUGCCCAACCUCGACUCGACCUUCGACUUCACAGACAUAGGUGCUCAUUUGGUCAAUCCGGCAGCUAUUAGCAUUAACAGCGCUCCAGAUACUCUGACAGGACUGGGACGAGGCAAUGCAGCGGGCGAUAUUGAAAGCUCAGACGCCAUAGCCAAACUUUCCAAGAUGAACCUCGACUUACACAUCCGCAUCACAGCCACUGAAAGGAACAAGGCGAUUCUAGACUUGAAUAGCAUCCUCUACCAAGAAAGCCCCUUGUUUAUUCACAAUUCCACCUUGGCCGAGUUUAUGUUGAACACAUCGGAAGAGUUCUUGCAGAUACUGAAGCGGCUCCGCAGCUCACAAAAUCCGUUCACACUGCCGUCGCAAUCCCCCCAUGAUAACCGCCAUAAUCCGACCGCCGCCUUUUCUUUGACCUACCCCUUCGCCGCCGCGCAACCCUUGCUAGGGCCUCUCUCCCUGACCAUCACAAGUAUCUUUAGCCAGCUCAUUUCUCUCUACGAGCUGUUUCUUGAGCACCUCACUGCCCGACUCGCGCGACUCGCCAUUGACCCUAUCGCCACUAUCCCAGGCAUCACCUUUGGAGGGUUGCCCAUAGAAAACCCAUGCCUGCAGGGUCUACUCUUCUGUAACGUCACUGUCCACCGAUUGGAGGGGAUGGAACGUGCUCUAGGUAUCAGUGAGACGCCUGAGGGGGGUACAGUAGGUUUGCUAUCAGCCAGACAGAUCGAUGUGCUUUGGAGUGAGCUAGACGGGAGGAUUGGUAUCACGCCUUGUAACGGAGCCACGCGACUCGCUCGUGUGAAGAGACUACUUGGAAAAGUGGCCAUUAUAUUCAAGACGCUCUCUGUGAGUAAACAGAUGGCAAUGUCUGUUGGCAGCAUUAAAUCGCCCGCUGGCCGUGGCGAGAACAACACAAUCGUUGAUUUCCGCAUCUAA